AUGUCCUUGAUAUUAGAAAGAACUCAAUCACUUGUCCAAGAAUAACCCCAAAUUGGCUUGGAGUCUUAUUAUAAAAAGAAGGUUGAAGAACUUGAACUUAAAAUUCUAGAGAAAAAGAGCAAUCUCAGAAGACUUGAGGCUCAAAGAAACGAAAUGAACAAUUUGGUUAAGAAUUUAAAGGAGGAAUUAUGGCUUUUGCUUCAACCAGCUUCUUAAAUUGGAGAAGUCAGCAAGAUGAUGGGCAAGAAGAAGUGCUUAGUCAAGAUAGGUGGAGAAGGUAAAUAUGUAGUAGAUAUUGAUAGAAAGAUUAAUGUUGAUUUAUUGACACCAAACACUAGAGUUGCGCUCAAAAGUGAUUCAUAUUUGCUUCAUAAGAUAUUGCCGUCUAAGACUGAUCCACUUGUUAACCUCAUGAAGGUAGAAAAAGUGCCAGAUUCAACUUAUGAUAUGGUCGGAGGUCUAGAUCAAUAAAUAAAGGAAGUUAAGGAAGUCAUUGAACUACCAAUUAAGCAUCCAGAAAUAUUUGAGAGUUUAGGUAUUUCUCAACCAAAGGGAGUACUGUUAUAUGGUCCACCAGGUACUGGUAAAACUCUCUUAGCCAGAGCUGUUGCCCAUCACACAGACUGUUGCUUCAUCAGAGUAAGUGGAAGUGAAUUGGUACAAAAAUAUAUUGGAGAAGGUGCAAGAAUGGUUAGAGAACUUUUCGUAAUGGCAAGAGCUCAUGCUCCAUCAAUCAUAUUCAUGGAUGAAAUCGAUUCCAUUGGAGGUUAGAGAAUUGAGGGAUCAAGAGGAGACUCCGAGGUACAAAGAACUAUGCUUGAGCUAUUAAAUCAGCUUGAUGGUUUCGAAGCAACUAACAAAAUUAAAAUUAUCAUGGCAACUAACAGAAUAGAUAUUUUAGAUGAUGCUCUUCUUAGACCAGGUAGAAUCGACAGAAAGAUUGAGUUCCCCAAUCCAAAUGAAGAUGCUAGACUUGAUAUUCUCAAGAUUCACUCAAGAAAGAUGAACUUAAUGAGAGGUAUAGAUCUACCUAAAAUCUCUAAACUUAUGCCUGGUGCCAGUGGAGCUGAAUCAAAGGCUGUUUGUACUGAAGCUGGUAUGUAUGCCUUAAGAGAACGUAGAAUUCAUGUAACUCAAGAAGAUUUUGAACUUGCAGUGGCUAAAGUCAUGAAGAAAGAUACAGACAAGGAUCUCGCUCUAAAACUAAGAAAGUGA